AUGUCUGCUGCCUCAGCUUCUCGUCUUAGCGAAAGCGCCGCCUUGGUGCGACUUGGUGCCGCUCAAGCUCGGCACCUCCACACCUCGCUGGCUCGAAGAGCGCAGCCAGUCAACCCCUCCUCCAGCGUCGACGCCUUGCUGGGUGUAUCCGCGCCAGCUCCACCCAGACAAGGUGAAGGUUCAGGAUUGGUCGUGACAGGAAAUGCUCGACCCAACAAUCCCAACGACCUCUCGCAACUCUUGAAGCAGCAUCAGCAUCAGCAUCAGCAUCGUUCCGGUCCCGCGGAUAGGAGUCGGGGUGGCCAAAGUGCGACGAGAGCACGCAAUGCGGCAGCUAUGGGAGCAGUGAGGCGAAGCGGUCGCUUUGGCAGCAGCGACAUACCCACGCGCAAUCUGGAGCUCGACGGAGCUUUUUCGCCGCCCGACGCGCCGAUCGAUCCGAUGGAAGAAGCACGAAAGUCGAUGGCAAAGCGGGGAGAAGAAGCGGUGGACCGCGAGACGCCACACCCCGUCGAUGCAAUGAAUGGUCGCAACGAGCUGGACGAGAGGGUUUUGGCUGCUGCCAGAGCUGUGCACGCACGAGGAUCCACCGAUCUCCACGUCUUGCUUCAUCAAUUCGAAGAUCGGGCGGGUACGCAACUCCCCAUCGAACUGCCUUACGAAUCAACACCUGCACCGGAGCGUCGCGUACGCAUCACUGGAGCAGACAGCUCAGAAGCUCACUUGCAAGCCAGUCACGAUGAUGGCGUGCUGCUCAUCGCUUACGUAGCCGGUCUGACUGGUCAGCGGGGCACAGAACGAAUCAGUGUUUGCUCCGGCUUCGCAGUGGAAGGCGGCGAGAGGCUGACCGAGGCGCAAGGGGGAGAGGAGAAGGGCGCGCUCGUCAUCUCUUGCGCCCACACCGUGAGUCAAAGCGAGAUGCUUCGGAGAAAGGUCCUCCUUGACUCACCAGCCGGAAUUGUCCGCCUCCUUCAGCUGCGAGCAUCGCUUCCCGUGCCCCCUAGGAGCUCGCCAUCCUCCAACGGCGCGAAGUCUAUUGGGGACGACUCUGUCGCACUGGCCAUCACGCGGCAAGGCCACAUCUUUCCGAUCAGGCAACUGCUGUCUUCGCUUCCCAGGUCCGAUCUGGUGCUGCUGCAGCUCUCGGACAAGCCGAUCCUACCCUCCAUCUUGCCGACUGAUGUCGAGGCAAGCUCGAGCUCGCUAUCUGCUGCCCCGACCACCCUGCGCACGCUUCCUCUCUCCCCUUAUCCUGCCACUGUUGGCACAGAGCUAGCAGUCAGCAGCUUCUGGGGCUACGAGGACGAUGCGGGAGCAAAAGUUCCGCCCUUUGCAUUUGUUCCAACCCAGAGUGGCACGGGCGCUGGGAGUUCGAGCUUGGAGGGCCCCGGUGGCGCGACACGUACGCAAACCUCUUCUGUAGAAGGUUCGGGCUUGACGCUCUCUACCUCUCUGCCUCCUCCGAAAGGAAGAGAAGCAGAGAUUGUCAGUAGAGAGAGGGAUGACGCCGCACGAUCCCGAUGGGGUCGAGCUAGAUUGGUCGAAUACAAAGAUGAUUAUGGUCAAGAAGCAAGAGUAAGUGGGCGGGGAUGGAUACUUGGCCAAUUUUACAGUCCCAUGAGUUGACAUCUGCAAUCAUUCGCUGCAUGCAGACGGGUACAUACGAUACACUAGCACAGCUCGAUUUCAAAUUGGUCCUGUCUCACUCCAAUCCGCCAGCUUUGCACUCUUCCCCGCCCACCUCCGAUUCUGCCGAAGAGCGUCGACGAGCUACUCGAGGAGUGCCCAACUUUCCCCCUCCCGGCUCCAGUGGCGGGCCGAUCGUGUGCGCCGAGAGCGGAGCAGUGGUCGGCAUCACUCGAGGUACAAAGAUGGGCAUACUGGAAGGCAGAAGGGGAGAUGGUGUGCCUGCCGAGAAAGUCUUUGAAUGUGAGUCGCGACCUGAAGGCCACUCCUUUUCUGCGCGCUCACGCCGAGCCUCUUCUGCACUUCAGUCUUUGCACUCCCCGGUUUAGGCAAGAAGUGA